CGCAGUCGAGCGAGGAGUGAACCGCGCUUCGUCGGCGCACAUUGCACCUCUGGCCAACAUGGCGGCUUCGUUAGGACGGAUUUGUCGAUCGGGCCUUUUAAAGCCGUCGAAUGGCUCGCUUUUCAAUCAGGCUAACAACUUUUCAACAACGAGAGAAUGGUCCAGGGGUCGAAAAGUGAUGACAACAUGUCUGGGUGUAGCUGCUGGAGGAAUCGGCGCCCUUAUAUUUACCUUAGAUAGCUCGGUUAGAGCAAGUGAGUUAGUGGCACAUCCACCACACUACCACUGGAGUUUUUCUGGACUCUUUGAUUCCUUAGACCAUGCUAGCAUGCGACGAGGAUGGGAGGUCUACAAAAACGUCUGUUCUGCCUGCCAUAGUUUAAAAUACGUAGCUUAUCGUCAUCUUGUAGGAGUAACUCAUACCGAAGAUGAGGCUAAAGCUCUAGCUGAAGAGAUUCAGGUUCAAGACGGUCCAAACGAUGUGGGUGAAUACUUCAUGCGGCCAGGAAAACUUUCUGAUUAUGUUCCAUCUCCAUAUCCUAACGAGGAGGCUGCUCGAGCAGCAAAUAAUGGUGCCUAUCCACCAGAUCUCUCGUACAUCGUCAACGCACGACAUGGUGGAGAGAACUAUGUGUUCUCGUUACUUACUGGUUACACUGAUGCCCCAGCUGGAGUCAAUCUUAGGGAAGGUCAAUACUUCAACCCAUACUUCCCUGGAGGAGCCAUUGGUAUGGGUCAGGUCAUUUAUGAUGAAGUAUUAGAAUUCGAGGAUGGUACACCCCCAACUUCUUCUCAAAUAGCUAAGGAUGUGGCCACAUUCCUUAUGUGGACUUCCAAUCACGAAUUUGAUGAGAGGAAGAAACUUGCCAUCAAGGUCAUUGGCAUUGGUUCGCUUUUGUGUGCUUUCUUUUUCUACUUGAAGAGACACAAGUUCUCUCACAUCAAGACUACCAAAUUAGCGUACAUACCCAAGAAGUAGUAAAAAAAAACUUCAACUUCUAAAUUAAAUUCAAUUUGAUAGCUCACGGAAAUUGCUUGGAACACAUAGUGGUUCUGGUUACGAUGUGUAGUUUUAUAAUUUAAAUUAAUUCAGUGAAGACGAUUUUCAAAGGGCCGUGCCAUCAUUGUACCAUCGACAUGUUGGUUUGUUCCAGUUAUGAAGAGCCCAAUUGUUAUCAGCGCCAAAUGAAUUAACUUGUACAAUGUACAUAAAAUAAUACAAGCAAUGCCCUCAUUGGCUUGUCGAAUUAAAUCAUUAAUUCACCUAGAUAACCUGCUGUUUUAAAAUUGUGCUGACUUAUUUCCUAUUAUUAAUUAAGUAAACCGGAAACGAGCAUCGAUGUGUACACGAUCUCUCAAGUUUUAUUGGACAUUAAAUUUCAUGUUAUGUGAAUAUUUAUAAACACCUGCUAAGUCAAUUCAUGUGUACUAAGUAUAACUUCCUUGUUAUGAACUUUCAGAGAUUACACAUUUUUCACUGAAUAAGAAAUCAGAUGGUACUCAAAAUAAAUAACAAAAUGCGAUAUAUUAAUAUUAUCAGUAAAAACCCCAUAAAAAUAACUAUAAUGCUAGAAAAGGGUAAUUCUUUAAUUGAAAACGACUUCAAUAUUUUCAAAUAAAUUAUUUGAUUAUAUUUCAUUUUUUUUUGCUUAAUGUAAGAAAAUCGAAUUUUUUAAAUUGUGUUCCCAUGAAUGACAGAAUCUUUAAGCACAUAUCAAAUGUUUUUCAACUAUAUUUUUAGUAUUCAUGGUUGCAUACAAAAUUGUUUGAAUUUUAUAGAUAUUAUUGAAUAAGAAACAUUUUAUUUAUUUUUUUUUUCCAUUUUUCUCUUAUACUAAUCAAAUCAUUCUAUAAAGCGUUUUUAAAUUGAUUUUGACAUUUAUCAUCACUGGAAAUUUUUCAAAAUGCUGCAAUAAAGAUAAUUUAUUACUUUAACAAUCAAUGCACUCAAACUUAAUUUUGCAUACUUACAACAUUCUCAGUGUUAAUUGAUUUAUAGUACUGAGAAGCGUAUUUAUUAACUAUGCAUCAGAUUUAUUAUGACGAAUAUAACGUCACAGGAAUAAUAAUUUAUAAAGCUGAAUAUUUAGAGUGGCGUGAAAUUAGCAGUACCUAUAUCACUCAACUGUAAUCUCCAUGGAAUAAAAUAUUUCACAUUCCACCAGAGAUAAACACUUGGAAUAAAAAGCUUGAAAUGUAUUCACAUAGUGCAUUACAGGCAUCUCACUGUUAAUUGUG